AUGAAACGACCGUGCACAGAGAAGAUCCCACCCAUCCAAGUGCGUGUCUACACCACAGCAGGCAACCUAGUAGCCGACCUACACCUGGACGAACCCAUAGUCGUGCGGAAGAUAAAAAACAAACUCGUCCCGGUACUCGGAGUAUCCAGAUACCGACAGACACUGCUUCAAGACACGCGCCUCCUCGACGACAACGACAAAAUCCGAAGAACCGCACGACUGCAAGUCGUACGCUUGAACUACAUCCCCACCUCCACCGACAACAUCCGACAGCUCAUCGAUGCCAGCUUCGAAAACUCCGAAUCCGAAGUCGAGGAACUCCUGAGCAAACCACAGGACGUCAACGCAUGCCUGCCCGGAACAGCAUAUCCCAACACCGCAAACGGGACAACCACCGCCCUCCAAGCAGCGGCAAGUGCAAACAACGCGCACAUCCUGAAAGUCCUCUUCCAAGCGCAUGCCGACGUGAAUCGCGACGGAAACGAUCGAGCCCUGUCCCACGCAGCAAGCCAAAACGCGGAGGAAGCCGCACGCAUCCUGUUGCAACACCGAGCAAACCCCAACACAACAGGCCGAAACGGACACACCGCCCUGCUCUACGCCGUUUCAGGCGGAUACCACCCACUGGCGACACUGAUCCUAGCGGCAAGAGCAGACCCCAAUCAAGGCAACGAACCAACGCGGACGCCGUUCGGCGUCGCUUGCCAGAAUAACGACGAAGAAAUGGCCACCACGCUUCUGCUAGCCCGGUCACACGUCCACACCACGCGACACCGGCCUCCCCACUACGAGUACAACACGACCGCUCUCUGCGCGGCCGCCAGCGCCAACUGCGUCUCCGGCCUCAGACUCCUGCUCGAAACAUCAAUCCACGUAGACAGCCAACUAGACGCCCCGGCGCUAUGGUACGCAACAUGGAACGGACGAACCGAAGCCAUAGACUUCCUGCUCGAGCAGAAGGCCGACGCAGAGAAACGCCUCUUACACGGUGGAACGGCUCUCUCUGCCGCAGCUUUCCAAGGUCACAACGCGAUCCUCCAAAAGCUUUUGCACCACUGCAAACUCCAGUCAGAAACGGAUGCAAACGUUUUGCAAGAACCGCUUCAGCUCGCAAUGUGGAGCAACAGACCCGAAACGGCCAAGCUUCUGCUCGAUGCCAAAGCCAAUCCAAGCGACGCCCACAGCAACGCAAAUCUUCACAGAAUCCGCGAGCUGCGCCGAUAUCAGUACACGUGGCCCUUGGAAGCACUGCUACCCACCACCGACAAACUCCGUCUCUACCAGUAUCUCCAAGACAGCCAAACACAAGCCCAGAGUCCUGAUACGAGCGACAGUUCAUCGGAACAAGAACACGAACCGUGA